GGCAAUUACAAUUGCAGUGAAGCUCCUAAUCGCUAGGACGAUGAGUGAGUUUAAUGCCAGAAUCUACCAUCAGUAGCCCUCAAAAUGAUGAACCCUAUCCGAUAUGUAUUUAUUGGACUGCUUCUUUGUUCGUUUAUUUCGCAAAAUGAUGUAGGACCUACGGUCAAACAUGUACUUGAGUACAUGUACACACGCUUCAAUUCCUCCCACUAUGAAGUCGCUGGGUUGUUGGAUGGAGAACUGGUGGACUUCUACAGCAGUGCCCUCAAGUCCCCUGUACCUAAAAAAAGCUGGAAUGAAGAAAAUACAAGCUUUGGAUAUAAUGACUGGCAAGAAAUUCUUUCAGCUCGACAGGAAGUUAAUACGUAUUUUUUAUCCAGUGCUGUAGACCUGAGGAGGCACUUUGUAAACAAUCCCUUAAGUGGUGAUAUUGUGCAGAUGAAACUUGGUUGUACUGUGGAUAUAACCAUCAUUGAAAGCAAAAAAACAGAGAAAGCCGUUGGCUUUGCUGAGUUUGCCUAUGAUGGAAACACAUUGCUGUUCCUCAGUGAUAACUCAAGUAUGUGGAUCCCAAAAGAUGAAUAUGCUCAUGAUAUUCAUGAUAUCGUACACAAAUGGAACACGCAAAGCAUGAAAGACCACUUGACCAACUUUGUGAAUGUGGACUGUCCAGUGGCACUUGAUCGUUUCCGAUUAUUAGAGCGCACAAACUCAUCUGCUCCAAAGGUCUACACUGUCCCUGGUGGCUCUUUAAAACCUGGGUUGAUCAACCUGACCUGUUUAAUUACUGGAUCCUAUCCAAAGUCGUCACCCAUUGAGAUGAACCUGUUUAGGGACAACAUCCUCCUAACAGAGAUGGAGGGUGUCCAUUCCUCAGGAGUCAGACCUAACGAAGACCACACCUACCAGCUGAGGAAGACGGUGAGGAUCGACACCGCCGAGUCUGUCGUUUAUCGAUGUGAUGUCAAUCAUAAAAGCUUCCCUAAACCCCGGAAUUACACUUGGGAGAUGAAAAAACAAGAGGGAUCAAAUAUUCAAAUUUACAUUGGACUAUGCAUAUUGUUGCUUUUCCUAUGCUUUGUACUGUUUUUCAAAAACAGAUGGAGAUCUGAGCCUAAUAGAAAUUUGGCUGAUCAAGGAGGUGAUGCCACUUCUGUCGAUCUGUCCUCUGAGAGAGAUGUUCUUACAAAUGCACCCGAUGCUGAAGGUGAAAACGACGAAGCCUAUGGAAGUCGUGGAAGCUCUGCGACUCCUGUGGUGGGCCGGGCGCAGUGCACGCUGACCAGGUUGCCAGGUGUACGGUGUUUCCUCCGACACAUUGGUGCGGCUGGCUUCCGGGUUGGAUGUGCAUUGUGUUAAGAAGCAGGUUGGGUCGUGUUUCGGAGGACGCAUCUCGACCUUCGCCUCUCCAGAGUCCGUACGGGAGUUGCAGCGAUGAGACAAGAUUGUAACUACUACCAAUUGGAUACCACGAAAUUGGGAGAAAAAAAAAUCAUUUUUAUUUAUCAAUUAGCAGCCAAGCACCAACUAUCAUGUCAGCAUGGGACAAACAUCUACAUUAGAAAACACUUUUCAUGCAAAGAUGUGCUGUAUUUAAUUAUGCCUCACUAUGUUCCCAUCCAACAGCAUUGCCUACAAAUAAUAAUUAUUGAUAUUUAACCUAUUGGAAAUUACCAUUAAGCUCAUCGCCGUGCACUUUCACCAUCCUGUGAAGUUCAUCUUAAUUAAUUUCAUCUGUAGCCUAAUUUAACCCUUCAUGCUUUUCCAAGUCAUAGUGGGAGGACCACAACAUAGCAUCACGUGACUGCAAAUAUAUAGUGACAAUUGCUGUUUUCCAUCAGGGCCGUCUUGAACUUUUUAUCUGACAGGUUCUUUACUUGCAUAUAAUUGGUUGGAUGGGAACAUAGUGAGGCAUAAUUAAAUACAGCACAUCUUUGCAUGAAAAGUGUUUUCUAAUGUAGAUGUUUUUCCCAUGCUGCCAAUCAUAAUAGUUACAAAUAUAAAUUAAUAAUCAACAAACAUUUUUUAUUGACUGACAGGCCUAGUUCUUAUAUUAGUGCUAUAGUAGCCCAUUAACAAAUCUUUCUUCCAUUCUCUCAGAUUCAGACCUGUCACAGAUUCAAAUAACCUAAUUGGAAUUCACCACAGACCCAGCUGACAGCUAGUACAGGGUCUUAAGUAGGUACUUUGAAACACUCUUAUCCGAUUGUCAAUUUCCAAGCGUUUUACGUGCCAACUGAAGAAAACCCAGAGUUUAUAAUUAUGCAUUACCUCUGCCUGGGAUCAAGUUACCAGAGGUAACUGACUACAAGAGGAGACGCUCAACGCUAACAUGGACUGACACACAAUACAGUAAAGACUACUGAGGAAAUGAAGGGCUUGUUAGAGACAUUUCCAUGUGUCCUGAUGGUUGUCUGGCUGUUAUCACAGAGCUCAUUACUAAGAUGGUGAUAGAUAUUUGACUAUGUAUUUGUAAUGUUUCUGUAAAGCAGGCUAGUUACGUCCUGUGUGGCUCAGUUGGUAGAGCAUGACACUUGCAACGCCAGGGUUGUGGGUUCUAUUCCCACGGGGAGCAUUAUGAAGUAUGAAAAUAUAUGCACUUUCUUCUGUAAACUGCUCUUAUUUUGUAAAUGUACUCGGAUGUUACGACUUCCGCCGAAGUUGGCUCUCCUGCCUGUUCGGGUGGUGCUCAGCGGUCGUCGUCACCGUCCUACUAACCACUACCGAUCCCUUUUUCGUUUGUCUGUUGGUUUUGUCUUAUUAGUUUCACCUGUGUGUAUUUUGGUUUAAUUAACACUCUUAUAUGUAGUAGGUUGUCCCGCCCUUGUUUUGUGCGGGAUUGUUUUUGUAUUCAUGUCAUUUGGUGUAGUACUUGUGUUUUAUUCUCCGGUCUAUUUUGAUCCGUUGUCGGAUUAUUCACCCUGUGUGUUGGGUUGACCGUGUGUUUUUGUGCGCCGGAGAAUAAACUGUCGAAUCACUAAA